AUCGUACAAUAGGCUUGGUAGUGUGAAUAACUCCAUGUUCAUUGGAUUAUCAUCACUGGAAGAACUUAUUUUCUCCCACAAUCAGAUAUCAACCAUUUCACAAGCGACCUUUGACCGCCUCACCAUGCUCAGGAGACUUGAGUUUGCAUCAGAGUAUCUGGUCUGUGACUGUAAGUUGGACUGGAUUGUGAAAUGGAAACGCACUCGAACCCCAAAGGUCAAAAUCUCCGACAGUACGACCUGCGCAGUGCCAGAGUCUCUCGCCGGUCGCCAGGUCAGCAGUUUGAAGAAAGCCCAGCUCAACUGUGACUUUCCCCUGCAGAUGUCCCGCUUUGAGAUCCGUCCCAGCAGUGACCAGGUGGUCUUCAAGGGGGAUCCCAUAUCACUGGAAUGCAUUGCGUCUUACCUGGAUGAGACCCAGCAGAUGGUGUGGCUAAGGAACAAGCAGGUCCUAGAGAACAAUGCCUCGGCUGGGAUCAGCAUUGAAACCCACACCAUGGAAGACCAGGCUCUCAUGACAAGCACUCUGACAAUUCAACAGAUAACCCAAAGCACCGGUCUGUGGAAGAUGGAGUGCCAAGUGAUGACUGGUAGUGGGCGUGGCAAAAAGAAUGUUAUGAUGGAUCUGUAUGUGUUUGGCCACAUCAAUCAGUCUCACAACUGCCAGGAAGAAAUCACAACUAAUAACAAAGGUACCUUUCAGUGGCAGGCGACCAUCCCUGAUAUGACGGCAGAGGUGCCCUGCCCGUAUGGAGGAGGUCUUCACUUCACUGGUGGUGAUCCCUCAAGGGCCAAAGGAAGACGUACCUGCUUAGAAGGGGGCCAGUGGCAGACCCCUCAGACGGAUCUCUGCGAUUACGCGGAUGAGGUCACCCGCAUGCUGGAGAAAAUGGCAAUGUCAUCAUAUAGAAAUGCUACAGUGGCACUUAAAUCAGCUAGAAGGGUAGAGGUUCUCACGGCAGAUGCUCAUACUUUCUCUGACAAACUGAACGUGGUCUUUGUGGCCAGAUUCAUUGAAAAGAUUCAUCAGUUAACAACAACAGAUCUUGGUCAAACUAUGAUAAACAUUGCAAGCAAUCUGAUGGAGGUCAAUUCUACUCUGCUUGCUCAAAGUCAGAUACUAGAUAGUUCUUGCUCAAAAGUGAUAGCUGCCUUAGAGUACUUUGCCAGUAACAUCCUGAGGCAUGGUCAUGGGAUAGAAGUCGAGCACUAUGCACCCAACAUUGCAGUACGUGCCAUCAAACUCCCAACAACCAAUAGUUUCAGCGGGAUGCUGUGUGCGGCCAUUGUCCCGGGACCAGGCCAGCUCGAAGACUUCUCCCGACAGAACGUCAAGUGCCACAUGAGUAACAUCACUUCGGCACAGUUAGAUGUAACAAAAGGGCCUAUCGAAGCAUCCAUCCAGCUCCCUCCAACCAUCUUCCAAGGUCUGACCCAAGGUCAAAGGUCAGCAGCAGGUCAGACGUCUUCACGACCUGGUGUGGUCCUUCAGUUCUUUGUCUACAAGAAUGGUAGAUUGUUCCCUUCCUUGAAGCCAGGAGCGCAGGGUCAGAUGGUCAUGUCAGAGAGAGCAGUCACUUCUAUGGUGGUCGCCAGUAAAAUAGAGAAUUACAAUGUGGUCAAUCUGACUGACCCUGUCACAUUGACCUUUCAACCUACGAACCUAGGUCACAGUGAGGCACCAGUCUAUUGGGAUGUUACAUCUGAAGGUACUCAUGGAGAAUGGAAAUCAGAUGGAUGUAAGAUUGUAAUGAAAACAGAUAAUAUGACAACAGUACAGUGCAGUCAUCUAACCAACUUUGGCAUUCUUAAGGAUUUUAGUGAUCCAGAAGGUCAGUAUAUUGGUGGUUUCUGGCCAGCGUCUGCUCUUCAUCCUGCUAUAUACAUCGGUAGUUUCAUCCUUCUUGUUCUUCUCUUCCUCACACUCCUCACCUAUGUCUGCUUUCACAGCAACAUCCGUAUGAAACGCAAGUGUCGUCACUCCCUGAUCAACAUCUGCCUGGCCGUCAUGUUCCUAGUAGUCUUCUUCACCGGGGGUAUCAGGUGGACAGAACCUGUGCUGCUAUGUCAGAUCGUUGGGGUAGGACUUCACUACUUUAGCAUCUGCACCCUUCUGUGGAUGGUGAUCCAGGCCAAUAACUUACGCAAGGCCCUGGUGAGGCGCAACAGACCUCCUCUGCCGCCGGGAGAGAGCCCCCCUCCUCCUAGGCCCAUCCUCAGAUUCUACUUUGUUGGUUGGGGCAUUCCUAUGAUUGUAGUGGGCAUUACAGUCGCUGCAUCUCCAGACAUCUAUGGUGGCUCUGAAAUUUGCUGGAUUGCAGAUUUUACAGUGAGCCUGGCAGCCUUCUUUGGCAUAGCAGCAGCCAUGGUUAGCCUCACUUGUGCCAUGUUUGUCUGGGCUUCUAUGCACGUCAACAGGGCGCCCUCUAUGGCCCAGCUGCAAGCCUACGAGCUUCGAGACCAGAACCCCGAUCACAAGGACCUACCAAACCACCGUGGAGAGAAUGGAAUGGACAGACAGACCGGUACGGACAACGAGUCGGUCGUUACGCAUCGUACAGGAAUCUCUGGAAUGUCCAGUGUCAUGGAUUCUGAGUACACUUUUGCCAAGCAGAUUACUGCAGCUGUGCUGAUGCUGCUAGGAUUCGUCGGGACCUGGACCUUUGGAGCUCUAGCCGUCACCCAAGCAGACUUCCUUGGCAUGAUUUUUUGCUAUCUUUACGCUGGUACUGCUGUAGCACUGGGCCUGUUCAUCUUUGUUUACAAUUGUGGAAUGCGUAGUGAUGUCAAGUACAACUGGAAGAAGACGUGUGGUUGCACGCAAAAGGAUCGGUAUACGGUUGCAGUGACGUCUGGUCAAACCAACCAGAGUAGUAAUAAUGGCCAUGUGGUACAGAGGAGACAAUCGGCAAGCAGUGUGGAUUCUAACGCAACAAACAAGUCCAAUAACACCAAUCACUCGUAUCCGUCGGUAGUGUCAGGGUCACGAAAGACAUCAAAGUGUAACUAUGUACCGUCUCAUACAAACACAGGCACUGAUGCCUCAAUAGACAGUAGCACGCAGGACAAUGCAGGGCGCGUGCAUAACUAUGACAAGCACCGAAGUAACGGUUAUGCCCAGCGUUACCACAAGCAGGUGCGUAGCCGUAGUAAGAACCACAAACAUUCUCGUUACUCGCAGGUUUCGCGGGAUGGCCAGGAAGGGAUAGCCGUUCCGCCACCCAUGGUGCCCAUGUUACCCAAUGGGGCGGGACGGACGGGCAGCAACUCCAGUUUCCCAAUCACCCACAUGCAUCAGGUUGACACCAACCAUCAAAGCCCUGCUAGCAGCAACUCUUAUCUACCUCAGCAUAUGCAUUACAUGGGGAGCCAGCCUCGUAUGGUGCCGCUUACUCAAGAACUGCACAGUAGCCAUUCCGGGUUGGGAUUGCACGCCCAGCCUGAGGCUCUCUGUACCACGCAAUCCUGGGAUGCCCUCAGGGAGAACUCGCUGCCUCGUAGCACUGCAUCCAGCGAGCGUUAUGUAAGAGACAGGACAGGGUUUGUGCAGCCGGUCCGGCAACAUUACAUAGACUGCCCGCAUGAUGGCAGCAUGCCGCGGGCAAUGUCUGGUAAGAAGCAGUCGCGGGAAGAACUACGCAAAGGCUCUGCCUCAAAGAAUUCUUCCCGGGAUCACCUACCCCGACAUGAGGACAUUGCGGAAUACCCUAUUGUUGAGAUGAAUCCUCUUUUAGAAAGAACUCAUAGACCGAGUAUUGGAAAUCCCCCAACGUAUGAAGAGGUGCUCCCUGAAAGCCAGGCUCUGAUUGGAGGAAACAUGCGAAUGGAGGCGGAGCAUGUUAAUGGUAGCGAAUCAGACCACAGUCGAGUUCUGACUUCAAAAGAUUACCAGAUGUCACAAAAUGGUCUCAGUGGAGACAAGAGAGAAACUAGUGUUUGAGUUAUUUGUUUAAAAAUCUUCUUGUAUUCAUUGUAUUUUAUACAUGUUGUCUUAUGAUGUUGAGUAGAUUACAUGCUGAGAAGUGUUCAUGUGUUUAUUUCAAUAGCACUGGCUUGCAAUGUUUUCACCUUAUAUUUUGGCUGAAAUGAUGUGGGGAGGUUCCAAGAACCUGUCUGUUCAGAAUUUGUUUAUUAGUCUUGACAGAUAUAUGAUGUAAUUCAGAUUUUAUAUUAGUCAUGAUCAGUGCCAAGCCCGUAGUAUUUACCCAUACUGUAUAUUUUUACAAAUGGGCAAAGAUCUUGUUUCAACCUGUUUGUAUUCAAUACACAUUUCCAUUGGGGGUACUGAUAGUUAGCUGUGGAAUGUAAUGUGUUACAUUACCUUAUGCCCUUGCUAGCAUGUAUUUGCUUUAAUCUGUUCUGCCUCUUACAUCUUAAGCCAUCCUGCCCCCAAAACAAUGGAGUAUGCUUUUCUUUAUUCACAUACUUAAAUACAAAAUGAUCAAUGUGAACUUUGAUUUACUAGCAAGCAUAAAGUACUUGUAUUUAUUUAGUGAAUGCAUGGUCAUUUGCAAGUCAAUUCACCUCUUCAUCAAGAAUGACCAAAUGUGAAGUAAAUGCUGAUUUUACAUUUUUUGUAGGAAGCUUUUGAAGAAAAAAUAUUUUGAAACUAAAGAAAAAUACAAUCAUGUGUACAUUAAACAAUUAGCUACUUAUUUUCAUGUAAAUGAACUUCCAAAGGCAUAACAUGUCAAAUCAUGUAUUCAUAAUAGUUUUAGAUAAUUGAUAGAAAUAUGAAAGCAUUUAAUCCUUUAAUAGUUGCAACUAAUGGGACACACUUCCCAGUUUUAAAUCUCUUAUUUUCUUUUUGCCAAUUUGCUGUGCAAUGUUUUUUAAAACCAGUUUUCAUAGACCAAAAAAAAAUGAGUCAAGAUCUUUUAUCUGUAUCAUGCCAGCCUAAAUUAAUAUACACGUAGUACUAAAUCAUGUUCCAAAUUAUGUUUUACUAUCUUGUUUUCCUAUAUCAUGUGUAAUUGCUAAAAGUUUACUUCAGUACUUUUGCACAGUAGUUUAUGCCUAAAUGUAUUCAUUACAAACAAGUACUAUUCAUAUUUUUCCUUGUGAACUCUGCCGAGUAGGUGAAUUUGUUCAUGUAAACAAGAAAUGGUUCAUUGCACUAUUCAUGCUUUAUAUAUGUCAUCCAAAAUGACAAAAGGUUAAGUAAAGGGAUCUUGGUGUGCCUCUCUUGAACUAAGUCAAUCAAUCACUCAGAUAUUUGCAAAGUUAAUUGUUUUAGUAAGUGCAAAAUAUAUGUGAUUGGAUCUCAUCAUUUAUCAUGUUAUCAUGUUUUUUUUGUAUUGCUUUACUUA